AUGGUAUUAUCAUUACAAUUGGCUCAUAGAUUGAAUAAUAAGAAUGUUUUACUAGUGGGAGGUGGCGAAGUUGCAUUGACAAGAGUUGAAAAAUUAGUCAUUACAGGAUGUAAGAUUACAUUAAUUGCGAACGAUAUACAUGAGGAUAUACUGGAGAGGUAUGCACCAUUCUGUCUGGAUAAUGAUUCUAAGGAUAUAAUUAAUCCUGAAUGGGAAAAAACACAUCCAACCGAAGUUUACCGUGUCAUUAGGACUCCUUUUGAAGACAAACAUUUUCAUCUGUAUCAAAAUCCAGAUGGGUCCAGUGUGGAUAGUAACUGGGCAAUGAUCCUGACUUGUAUCCCAGAUAGGGCUGUAAGCGAAUCCAUAUAUUUAGAAUCUAAAAAGCUAUUUGGCAACCAGCAGUUGGUGAACGUUGCUGACAAUCCACCAUAUUGUGAUUUUUAUUUUGGUGCCAAUUUAAAUAUCCCGGCCACGGACUUGUCAACUCAGGGCAAAGAAUCGUUACUGCAACUAUUAAUUUCAUCAAACGGUGCUUCCCCAAGGUUCACUGCAUUGAUUAGAGAUGAGAUCGAUGAAUUUUUGAGACAAUUCGAUAUUGAAGAUAGUGUAUUGAAAUUAGGCGAAUUGAGAAAACAGAUCCGUUUGCAAUCAAAUAAAUACGUCGAAGAAGAUAAUGAUGAUCAUUUGGCUGUAUUGAAAUAUAGAAUGCAAUGGAUUAAAAAGUGCACAGAUAUUUUUGGAUUGCAAAAUUGUUCGAGAAUGAAUACGGAGAAAUUACUUACGCUAUAUGAUAAGAUGUAUAGAGAUGAGAAGUCGACGGUAUUCCCAGAUUCGGAUGAAAUGUUACGCGAGUAUGCUAUUACUGGUUCCAAGUAG